AUGCCGGUGACGGAAAGAUGGGCCGUUGGAGGGGAUGAGCUCGAAGUAGUGGGGAGAAAUCUGAGUGAUUUGGUUGGACAGGUGUGGCCACGCCCACUGAUGGGCGGGGUUACUGCCACCUCUGACCGACUAUCUGUUCGGGUUGACAGUCUGUCUCCAGGCUUAGGAUAGGGUCCAGUUGAAAUGACGAUGGACAUUCGACGGAGGAUGAUCGGUGACAGCGGCCCUUACACCGAAGCAGAGCCUCCAGUAAAGCCAGCUGCUAAGAGGAGCUUCGACGUAGCAUUCCUGAUGGCUCCAGACGACAGUUCAAAAAAGAGACACCAUGAUGAACUGAAGGAGCAGCUGCGGUUGGUCACUUCCAACUCCCUCAUGUACCAGCCGCCCGAGGAGAAGAGGUUCCCAGAAGUGGGACUCUUGAUGCCUUCCCCCAAAGACGAAUUCCCCAAGAGCGCGUUCACUAAAGUCAAUAAGGACAACGUUUCACCGGGUCCAGCCAUAUCUCCCGUCCCAGCAGAGUAUCAGAGGGUGUCUCCGGAGCUCUCACCCAACUCCAGAUCUCCAACCUACUACCCAAAGUACGUACCCAAGCCAUAUUUCCAGGAAAAAUUGAGUCCCGAUUUGGAGAAGUGUUCAACGUCAAAGAGAUUCCCAGACAUGGUACCAUAUGGAGGACUGGCCAUGGCGUACCCAUUCCCAGCAGUGAUACCUCCGGCGCCUCCUGCCCUCCUCACGGCUGCUAACGUCACCGCUCUCCUCCCGACCUCUCUGGCAGCGCUCACUCUGCCCGCCCAAAAUGUAUGCGCUAAGUGCAACAUCAGCUUCAGAAUGACCUCCGACCUAGUCUACCACAUGCGAUCGCAGCACAAGAGCGAUCACAACAGUUCAGACAGCAGCAGGCGUCGUCGAGAACAGGACAAACUGCGUUGUCCGGUCUGUAACGAGUCAUUCAGGGAACGACAUCACCUGACGAGGCACAUGACCGCCCACCAGGACAAGGACGGUGACAAAGAAGUCGACGACGAGGAGAGCCCUCUGCGGAGGAGGUUGACCAAGUGACCUAGGUACCGGAAGGAUCAACCCAUAGACUACACCAAUCACUUUGCACAAGAACACUUUAUGUAAAC